AUGUUAGCUGCAGCUCAGGCAAUCGGGCUUGAACCCGAAGUCUACGAAACCCUCAUGACGCGUUGGAUGGAGAAAGGAAAAGGCACGGAGUGGGCCACAGGACACGCGAUGCUCUCUCAAAGCAUGCUCUCUGUUGAUGGCGCAGGAAACAUGACGUCACUUCAUCACGCACCUCUGCCAUCCGCUGGGGUUGCGUCCCUGGCGUCAUUGAUGUUUUCAGGAGACGAGGAACUGUCGAACAUGAGUGUGCUGGCGCAUCAGCUGGGGCGUCUGCAGAUGAGCGGCAUAGUCACACCGGGAGAGCUUGCACGAAUUAUUGAAGGAGAUGAGGAGAGUAUUCGAAACGAAUUGACUCGCCUAUUGGGGUCGGAUGCCGCGAAGCAACAUGCCGCGCGACUCGUUGCUGGCUCCAGCAUAAGCGUCAAUGAAGGCCCGAGUGAGUCCUUUCAUGAUCUGGCGAAGGCGUUGCUGCAAGAGAGGCGACGUACGGCGAUGGCCGAGAAGCAACACGGUGACUUGGGCAGUGUUUCGGAGCGAUACAAGAGCUGCGUGGAUCCAAAAAGUCACGUCAGUCCCAUGAGGCGCGACAGCGCCCCCCAGUCCUCUUUGGACCGCUUUUUUCCCUCUAUUGGCAGCCGGGAACAGCGCAACUUAUUUUCUUUCUUGUCUUCCGGGGAGAAAAAGCCUUCGUUGGUUUCUCUCAUGGAGGAGGAACGAGAAGCUCUCGGGGAUUCUGUGAAAUUGGAGGAGCGGCAGGCCUUCAAGGAGGCGGCGGUGGCUGCAGCUGGCGGAAUUGGUUCUGCGGACCCCUACUCCCGUCUUCCCCCACUGCGAGGUCCCAAUGAUGGUGAGGCCGUUUUGCACAGAUCAAGGCAGGGACACGCUGGAAGUGGGACAUCCUGUUCCAGCGGCAGGAGAUACACCGGGGGAGCGGGGGGCGACACGGCUACCUCUAGCGAUAUAGACCCACUCGAUUUGACGCAGGCCCCUGGUGCUCUUGGGUCGACGGGAUCCGAAAAAGGAGGACGGGGUGACGCUCCGUUCCCGUCAAUUGUGGGUGGGUACACCAACGGGCAGCAGUACAAGGGCCCGGCGAUGUGGAAACGACGGCGGCGGCACACGCCUGGCUCAAGGAGCGGCUGGACGCCCGCAGAAGACGACGAAAUUGGUCGCCUCUCUCGGAGCCAUUCGACGGAGGGAGCUGAUCGAAUCGAUGUGUAUGGCUUCCUACGUGAGGUGAAGCAGCAGGAAAGGGGUUUUCGAGUUGCAUCUUUGGCAGACAGCGGUCACCUCAGCAGUGAGGCCGGCGCGCAGCCCAGCGCACGGUCAUCACUGCAGUGGUCUCCGGAGUACUUGGACGAUGUCUCCGUACGGGAUCGACCGAAGAGAGUAACUCGCUUCUUGUACGAUGGCAAAGCGAAUAGGAGCGCGGCCACACAUACGGGCGGCAGCGGCAGAGUGCGUCCGAGAGGAAGGAACAUUCCACCCUUUGUGAGGAAGCCCAAGAGCAAACCUGCGGGACAAUUGCUUGUGGUCGAUGAUGAUGGGAGCGAAUACGACUCUGGGGAACUGAGCAGUUUGUUUGCCAACGACGAUGAGGAUCUUACGUUGUUUUUGGCGACUUUCCCCGAGGAGUUGCAGCAUGUGCGUUUACGCACGGAGGCGAGGGGCGUGUUGGGAGAACUGAAGGAGACAAGCAGUUUGCUGGUGAAUUAUGCAACCAACGUGCGACAUCGGCUCCCCGAAGGGUACGUGGCGACAGCGCCGCACGAGAGCCUUUCGUCCGCCACGGCCAUGGCGGAGGCGGCGGAGGAGUUGAAGACAAAAGUGAGGAUCGACGAGCUGCGACAGCGCUUUGAGUUGGAGGGAUACGAGGAGCACCCGGAGCUCUGGCGGACGUUGCAGGAUCUGCGUCAGAAGGUACUUGAGCAGGAGGCGUUCCUCAAGGAAUCCGUGAUGGAUGUCGUUAAUCUGUCGCAGCCCUUUCCUGGCGAGGAUCGCGACGCCUUUGCGAUAAGGCUCACGCGAGAAGUAAACGAGUAUGCCAAGUCCCACCGCCUCGACCAGCGAGACCUGGGAAAGAAUACGGACAUAAAGGACGACUACACCGCUGCUGUGAAGAGGUUUCUCGAGAGCUUUGCGUUGACACGCGGCAGGCGCCCUGGUCACGAUGUUGGCUGUCAAUGCAACCCGGACGAUCUCGGCUACGUGGAUGAGGAGAUCCGACGCACGGAGGAGGAAAUGGAGGACCUUUACUUUCAUGCGCGUGGGCUGUUCAGCGCCAUAAAACUCACCAUUGUUGCCGUAGGAAAUGUUAUGGGAUUUCACGCCUCCCUUGAAUUGGAAUCAACGUGCAAGCGUUGCUUUUACAUAUUUGAGAGCCCACGCACGCUUUGGCCAUGCGGCCACACCUUCUGCCAGCAGUGUCUGCCGUUUAUGUUCACGGAGCAGGGCGAACUGAUAUGCGAAGAGUGCGGCUCACUGUGUGAAGUUGGCUACACGCCAAAUCUGGCGCUGGAGCUCGUGGCCAGCUACCAAGUCAUGCAGCACACCGACUACGACGAUGACGAUGACGAUGACGAUGAUGGUGAAAUUGGCUGCGUUGUGCAACGGCGCAGCAUUGAGGAGGUGCUAACAGCAAUGCUGAAGGAUCUCAUGAGCACUCAAACCACAAUAGCGGAUGCACCACGAAAAACGGCGGGGAAAGUGGCACCCCACCCGUUGGAGCUCGUUAUGUAA